AACACUGGGGGUGCGUUUGGUUCUUUUGGACAGAAUAGACCCACCACUGGCUUUGGUUCUACUUCUCCAACCACUGGCAAUGACACCGCUGCUCCUGUUACAACAGGCACAUCGAAUCCUUCCUACAGCUCGUUCGGUGAAAAGGAUCCAACGUCAGCAACUACUCUGCAAUAUCAAACUAUAACGGCUAUGCCCGCCUAUCGAGGGACAUCGCUCGAGGAGCUUCGUCAUCAAGAUUAUCAACAGGGACGGAAGACUGCAGGGGCAUUCGGCCAGCCAUCCUUUGGUGGCACAACAACUACCCAACCAACGAAUUUAUUCGGAGGUGCACCUACGCAGCCUGCCAGUACAUCUAUGUUCAGCGGUGGCGCCGGCGCGGGUACAGGCGCGUUCGGAAGCACGGGAACAACAGGCAAUCCUAGUACUGGCUUUGGAGCUUUCACCCAACCUCAGCCCGCGCAACCGGCAACAGGUACUGGAACCGGAAUAUUUGGGUCAGCCUUUGGUCAGCCUCAACAGCAGCAGCAGCAGCAACAGCAACAACCUUCCGUCUUCGGUUCUUUCGGGCAGCCACAGCAGCAGCCAGCCACAACUGGGACCAGCAUCUUCAGUUCGGGUGGUGGUGGUACAUUUGGGCAGCAGAACAAGCCCGCCACUGGCUUCAGCAGUAGUGCCUUCGGGCCAACAAGUGGCGCGUUCGGUUCUACAGGAACCUUUGGACAACCAGCCAGCCAGCCUGCUGCAGGUACUACAAGCAUUUUUGGCCAGCCUCAACAGCAGCAGCAACCCGCAACUGGGGGCACAUUCAGUAGUUUUGGUUCGAACACGACUGCCAAACCGUCGAUUUUUGGUCAGCCUGCUCAAAGUGGCACAACGUCUACCGGCUUUGGCACGUUUGGCAAUCAGCAGCAGCAGCAGCAGCAGCAACAACAACAACAACAACAACAACAACCCCAGCAGCAACCCCAGCAGCCGCAAGCGGGUAGCAUAUUCGGCAACACGGGUGGUGGCAUGUUUGGUCAGCCACAGCAGCAGCAACCUCAACAGACUGGGUUAUUUGGUCCCACCACAGCCCAACCUCAAGGUGGCCUAUUUGGAGGUCCGACGACGGGUGGAGGUUUAUUUGGGAACACCCAACAAAAUCAACAGCAGACCCAACAGCCUGCUCAACCGGGUGGGCUUUUUGGGCCCAAACCAGCCAUGGGCGGGGGUUUGUUCGGAAAUACAUUCGGUCAGACGGGCACGACGGGAACAAUCAGCUCGCAACCCCAAACAAAUAUUUUCGGGCAGCCUGCAGGUCAAGCAACGAACCAGCAAUCAACAGCUGGGACGAACGCGUUCGGCACAUCCUUAUAUGGUCCCAAGCCUGCCGCACCGGGGCUUGGUACUUCGACAUCAACGGGUGGCUCAUUAUUUGGAAAUGGACAAUCGUUGUCUAGUCUAAACGCCUCUGCUACUGUUCCUGGAGCACAGGGAACUUUGUUCGCCUCCAUUGCCGAACCACUUUCUCAGAACCUGCCAAUCUUCUCGAUGCUUCCUCCUGGCCCGCGUGCCGUAGACCUUGACCAACAACCCAAAAAGAAACCUGGCUUUUUCGUCGACGUCCCUACACGUUCACCUAUUCCAUACCUGCAACUCGGCUAUACUCCCGCUAAUUCGAAGCUGCGCGGCUUUGCGACAUCAACGUCAGGGGCUGCGCUUGGGUCCAGCACGAGUCCCUUCGCCACUUCAUUGACGAAUGGGAAAUCCAAUGCGUUGGCACUUAGUCGCCUCGAUGGGAAGGGUCCUGAUGGAUUGUUGGGGCGAAGCUCCACUCCAUCUCUAGGAAGUGGAGGGCGUCAAAGCGUGAAGAAAUUGAUACUGGACAAGAAAGUUGAGCCUGCAGACCUCUUUAGUCAAUCCGGUUCGCGCGCUACUCCCAGCAGAGUAACGUUCAGCCCUGCCCUCAGCCAGGCCGCACGCGAGAAAGAAGUCGCAAGAGAGAAAGAAGUCGCCGUCAGUGCAGCAUCCGCUGCUCCUCAAGUGGAGACUCCAACACCUAUUGCUCGCAAAGUUCCUGGUCGCUUCUCUGCACAGAGCACCAUCAACGUGUUGGGCUCCCAACCACCCUCACCUGCAAAAGAGCCAGCAGCAUUGCAACAUGGUAGCUACUGGGUGAAGCCUGCACUACCAACUCUCAUCAACCUUGGUUACGAGGACCUAGUGGCAUUCAAGGACCUUAUUGUUGGGCGUGUCGGCUAUGGCGAAAUCCAAUUUUUGGAGCCAGUCGACCUCACUAACCUUCCAAGACUUGGCGCUCUCCUGGGCGAGAUCGUCAAGUUUGAUGAUAAAGAGUGCAGCGUUUACCCGGACACUGAUGAUGCAGACAAGCCUGCACCGGGCUCAGGGCUCAACGUUCGCGCGCGCAUUGUUCUUGUCAGAUGCUGGGCGACGGAUAAAGCGACUCGCGAGCCCAUCAAGGAUGAGAAAGAUCCUGGUGCAAUCAAGCACCUGAAGCGACUGAGGACGAUCAAGGAAACCCACUUCGAGAGCUUUGACAUUCGGGAGGGAAAAUGGACAUUCAGUGUGGAUCAUUUCUGAGCAUGGCUCUCGUUGUUCGUGAGGUGUUGGUUCUCCGCUGACAUACAUGUGCGGUGCAGUAGUAUUCCUUUCCAUAUCUUUGUAAGUGUUGUCUAUGCCACGAAGUGCUGUUAUUAGUUUAGAUGCAGUUAGGAAUACUUUG